AUGAUGAUGGAGACAAUGAAAGAGCUCAACAGAGCGAAGAAUGAAAAGGUGAAGAAUUUCGAAGAAAAAUCAUGUCGUAAACUUCUUCUUGUUGCUUGCUCCCGGCAGCAGCAAUGGCAAAGUAUCGUAUCGAAUGGCAGAACGAACCAAAACAAUGACGAAUCCUGGAGAGACACGACUGAUUUUAAAAAUACUCCAAGACUGGUGAAAGCAAGAAGAAAACGAAAAAUCUUAAGUUAGGUCAAAUCUUAAGUAAUUUACAUUUAAAUUUUUGACUGGAAGCGCUUGAAGAAGAAAGCAAAAGAAAUUGAAAAAAAAGAAGAAAAUCAUAACUUCACUCUGAAAAUAAUUUAUCACUCUGCAAGAAAAUAAAAUCGUAAACUUAGGAACAUAAGUGUACACAUAUGUUUCAUGGAUCGGCGAAAUGGCGGCGAUCCUUUGGCGCCUCCUCGGCCCCCUAAAUUCCUGCCUCGAGUCCAUCGACCACGAGCACCGGAACCAGACACCGUAGACUCGCCAUCCAUUCACAUCAUAAGCACACAUCCUCCACCAAUUCCAAGUCAUCAUCAACCCAUUAGCAGAAUGAAUAUAAAUAGUAAUAGUAGUUCCAUUAAUUCAUCGUUAAGUUCAAUUACGACCACAAGUAGUCAUCGAUCAAUUCCUCCAAUUCCACCUGCGACGGCGCCUCUUACACCUUUGCAAAGCUCUAGAAGUAAUUCAACAGUUAGUACAUUCUCAAGAAGGCGAACAGAGAUGCCAACACAAAGAAUAGCAUCAACAUCGCCGGCACCGUCAGUAACAAGAUCACUUACACCAUCAUCUGUAGUAGCACCAGCUUCAAACUUCAUUAGUAAUGCAAUCAGUACUGUUGUCGGAAGAAGCCCAUCGCCGGUCAAUAAUAGCGUGACACUUCAAAUACCUCGACCGGAAAAUGAGCGUCUGCCGAAUGAAUAUGUUGACACGCCAUUCACAAAUCAGAACAGCAACAAACUGACAACGCCUGGUAGUCGACAUUCUUUAGCAACAUCGACAGUACCAUCUAGAAACCAAUUAAAUAGUCAUACAACAAAUAUAUCUACAAUUGAUGGCAUUAGUGUAUUAAAUAAUAAUAAUAAUCUAAAUAAUAAUAAUAUUAAUAACAAUAACAACAAAAUAAUUCUACCAAAUCGAACUUCAGUGGCGGUGCGACCCAAUCUAUUACCGAUCACUAAACAACCGUCAUUUCGAAGUACGAGUACGCUAUGCAAAAAAGAUGCAGAGCAAUGCAGUCAUUGUCCCGAGGACAGAAUCUUGAGUUCCCAAAAUAUGACCAACAAUAACGGUCUCAAUAUAAAUAGUGCAAAUGAUCAGUUUAAUUCGAUCACGUGUCCACAAUGUAAUCGAUGCCGAUGUGAGAAGUGUCAGACACCACGUCCACUACCCUCAAAGUGGAUUUGCAAUGAUAAUUGUCUCUGCUCAGCUGAAACAAUUAUCGAUUCGGCUUCAUGUUUGUGUUGUGUCAAAGCACUCUUUUAUCAUUGUUCAAAAGAUCAUGAAACGGACUUUGAGAGUCCAACGAUCCGAUGUGCAGAAAAUCCAUGUUCAUGCGUUCCAUACAAACGAGCAUCAAGAUGGGGAUGUUUGAGUGUACUUUCACUGUUACUUCCUUGUCUUUGCUGUUAUUGGCCAAUGCGCGGUUGCGUUAGUCUCUGUGCAAGUUGUUAUGCAAAGCAUAGAAGACAUGGCUGUCGAUGCAAUAAUCUUUCAUCAUCGAGCAGCACUAACAACAGUUUCAACAGUCGACAAAAUAUUAUCAACUUGGCAACACCAACUAGUCAAGAUCAUCCACCCACACACAAUCAUCAUCGGCGUUCGAAUAACAAUGAUUUGACGCCUGAGAAACGACUUCUGGAUUCGUCGAACAGUGAAUAUUAAGAAUCAAAUAUUUAAUUUAACUUCAAAACUCCUACAAACACUUCACUUCGGGAUAAGCGACUUUAACUUAUUGUCGUGGGAUUAAUAGAAAUGAAAAUACAAACUCCAAAAUUAUUUAUAAAACAAAAUGCAUAUUAAUUAAUUUUAAACUAUUUAUGUUAUAUAUUUUAGUUUUGAGAAAAGUUGAAGGAAUUUCAGAAAACAAAAAUAGAAUUGAAAGUUCUGCGAUGUCACGAAGAAAAUAUAAAAAAAGUUAACGUCAGGGAUGUUUAAUUUGACAAAAAAAAAGAAUAAGAUGCUUUUCUUAACUUAUAUCAAAAUUCAUUAAUAAUCUUAGUCAUUGUCUUGGUGUUCAAAGCAAAAACUUUCUUAAACAUCUGCCAAAACGCAAGCCGUUAUAUUUUCACUUUGAUUUUCAACAAGUUUCGAUGAUGUUGACAGAUAUUUUAAUUCAUACAUUAAAUUAGAUUAUCAUCAAAAGAAAGAAUGGAAAACUUGCAUUUUGAAAUAUUUCAUAUAAUGAUAAUUGAAUUAAUUGAUUUUUGACUUCUGAGUCAAAGAGUCGCGUCAAAGACAUGUUGUAAGAAUUGCUUAGGUUUUAUACGAUUGAUUUGAGACAUGCAACAUAUUAUAACGAAUUUGGAAGGGGAUUUUUAAAGUGGUAGAGGGAAAACAGAAUCGAGAAUAAUUAACCAAAGACUGCAACACAAAAAAAAAGUAAAUAAAAUGAAUAAAAAAGAAAUCAAGAAGAAAACGCAUAAAAAUCAAUCCUAAAUGAGAUAAUGAGGAAAUAAGAUUAUUAUGUAUGCAAAAAUGUUUCCUAAAUAAGAUGAAGUAAGCUGGCACACUUGAUAAAUAUGUAAAUACUAAAUAACAACACAAUUAUGGAAGUUGUUGAGUUUUGGAGUAUUUAGGAAAGUGAAAAUAUUUUGUAUUUUUUUUUGUAAAAAUAUUUAAUGAAAAAAGAAAAACAAAUUUAAUAAAAUCUGAAAUGAUAACUGGUUAAGCUAGAAAUCUUUACGAUAGAAAAUUCAAAAGUUUUCGAGUUUCGAUGAGAAGUACACGCUAUGGAAUGAUGAUCUAUAACUCUAAUAUUGACUUGGGGCAAACACGAAAAAUUUUUCUUCUUAAUUACCCAGACAGCUUCUUUUUCGACACACGAUGUUGAUUUUUACACAAUUAAACAAACUUUCAAUUAUCACUAGCAACGAUUGAAAUUGUCGAGAAGGCAAGCAAGCAAAAGAUAGAAAAAAAUAAUUUUCUUCCAAUUCACGGGGGAUUUUAAUUUAUUGUUUGAAUUGAGUAAAUAUUUAUGAGUUUUUAAUAGAUAAUAUUUCCAACAGUGUUCUAUGCUUCUUAAUCUAAUUCAACUCGAAAGGAAAAAAAAAGUUUCUCCUUACAGAAAAUGCAAUUUUCAAAAAUAAACAACUUUGUGAUGUGUGAGUAAUAUUUAUUCGCGAUAAUCUUACUGUUUUCCUCUCAAGCCAAAAACAAGCUUGUAAAAUGUCUCGCGAGAAUCGUUCGAAGACAGAGUGAAAAUAUAUUCUUAAACACCACUUCCGCUUUCACGUUUUGUGCCCGCGCGCGUAAGUCUCAUAAAAGUUCAUUUAUAAUUUUUACGAUCAUAAAUUUUGCUGCUUGAAAUAAAUUUAAGAACAUUCACACAUUGGAACAGACAUACACGAAAAGUUUUAAGAAACGUAAGAAGAAAAAUAUCUGAACGAUCGCUCAAGGGAAUCAAUGUUUCAGGUUUGAGCUGUAAUUGCGAGAAUGAGCGCAGAUUUUAUUAAUUAAACAUUCAUCAGACGAUUUCAUCGGUUCCAUCAAACAAUUUUCUUUCACACUAGAAAAGUCGGAAAAAAAUAGAGUAAAAAUAGUUAAUAGUCGUUCGGUUUUCACUCACCGUAACUGAAGAAAAAAUAAAACAUCUUUUACUGCUCUCCCAACUUUAAAAAUAGAAUUUUUUUUAUGAAAAAUAUUUCUCAUCAUCCAACAUCCAUAUUUUUAUGUGUUCACUUCAUCUCCUCGUCGGUUGUGAGUGAGAGAAAAGAAAUAAAAAAACAGGAAAUCGGACACACACGCUCGCGAUGCGACAUAAGAGCUCGAGGCAAUGUUAUUGACAAGAAUUGUAUGCUUUCUCGUACGACUGUUUAGCCAAAUAUUUAACUAAACAAUAAACUCCAUUCGGUCAUUCGAGAGUUUUUCAUGCCGAAAAGUUGCGUGAACUAACAAAACUGAUAAGAAAACUCAAAACUUUAUGAAUCUUACAAACAUUGCUUCAAUACAUUACUCGCAAUCGGUCAAUGAUUUUUCGUGUCCAUUUCUUGUUUUAUUUUAUUUUAAGAAGAAAACGAUUAAGAAAUUUCUUUCUCGUUUCCUUUGCUCAACUCUUUUAAAGUUUAGCAUCAUUGAAGACGCUUUUCAAACUCAGGGAAACAAUUGUUGAGAUACAAGUAGCAAAGACCAGCAUGUUAGAAAAUUUACACACUUCAAAAAUUCUUCUUAUCAUCAUUCCGUAGAAGAAGGCAAGAAGAACAGUUUUUUGAUAAAUUACAAACAGGAAGUUGGGACUUUUUCUACAGUAAACAAAAGAGAAUAUUCUCGAAAGAUUCGGCCAAAGAUGAACGCAAAAGACUUAAAUAAGGCAAUGAAAGCAAAUGUCUAUCCUUCCAGUCAGGCACCAAAGAAACGAUUCCUAAAAUUGUUCAUUUAUCGAAAGAAAAAAAGAUUCUUCACUCUUCCUUUUCUGUUGUUAUCUUUCAUUUGCUUCCAUGACUGAAUUCAAACAUCAUUUUCAGUUUCUGAUGAAAAUGAUCCUUGUGAAGCAUGCAAGGAAUGGAAAUUGAGAGAUAGAUAUGUAGAAAGGGAAGAAGAGAUACGAUAGAAAUUCAAUGGACCUUUUCUGGACCCAAAGACUUUGCAUUGUGUUCGUUUAUUUUUUUUUCGGUUGUUUCGAGAGUAAAAUAUGUGUAAAAACAGAUGGUCGUCCACCAAAGAAAGAAAGAAAAAAAAAAUGAAAAGAAAGAAGGAAAAAAAAUGUUUGGAUGAUGAAAAUAAAGAAUGGGAGACGUUUGUUGAUGUUAAAAUUCGAUCAGUGACAGGAACAUUCAUAGCAAUAUCGCAGUGACAGCAUUGAGGAAAUUUCCCUCAAAAUCUGUUUUCAUUUAAGAUCCAAAAAAUCUUCAAAAUUCUCGAAAUGCCUUUUCUCAGAACGAAAUAUUUUAUUUGUUCACAAAAGGAAAUAAAUUUAUUUAAUGACUGAAUCGAUUUCCCAUAAACAAGUCAAUAAGAGACCCAAAAAUCAGUCGAAUAGGUGUCUGAUUGUCUACAAAGUGAAACUUAUAGUUCACCUGCGCUCACAAAUCAAAUAAUAAUAAUGUAGCACAUCGUGAAAAUAUCUUAAUAAUUAUUAAAUAUUGCAUUUUCAUGUUUGUAUGAGAACGAAAAACUUUUCCUCUUGUGACAUUGGAAAGAUUACCUGAUUUUAUUGCACUAAUUGCGCAUUCAUAAAAUUAUUCAAUCUCAGAAACUGAGGUCGCCUUAUUUUUGUACGAAAUGAAAGAAAGAAAUUGAAAACAAGUCUAAUGAAGAAUGAAAUGAUGAUGACAAGUCGAAGAAAUGAAUUCGUAUGGUUUAAGCAAGAUUUUGUAGAUUUCACAUGAAAUGAAAAGCUGAAGUAAAUGAAAGAAAAAAAAAUACAAAGUAAGAAAUGUUUUUAUAUAUUUUAAUGAGAAAAAUUUCCAGUAUUAUCUAGUCGUGCAUUAAAUAAGAAAGGAAGAAAAUUAAAAGAAAAUCUAAGAAAGAAAAUUAAACUUAAAAGAUAUCUAAAAUAAAGUUAAAGAGAACACAAAAAUAUUAAAACAUGUUAAAUAUUCCGUUGAAAUCAGAGAAUUCUGAAAACAUCAAACAUGAAAGAGUAGAAGGAAAAAAAUAUAAAAAUUAUAACUUUUAAAUGUUUCAGAAUUCUUUGUUGUGAAAUUAUUCAAAGUGUUUCUCAUGAUGUCUUAACCAAGCAAAAGGAGAUGAAAAUUUGAAAGUAAAGAAAAACAUAAAAUGAUGGGCUAAAGUUUAGAUCAGAAUAAAUUAAAAAAUAAAAAGGUUUUUUCUGAUAGAUGAAAAAGGAAAGAAAGAAACAGCUGAAACUACAAAAUAAAAUCUUUCUAAUUUAAUUAAACUUCUUUUUGUAAAUGUCAUUUUUGUAAAUAGAAAUUCGAUAAGAUUCGCUUCUUCUUCCUCUUUUUUGUGAGAGAAAAAAAAACAUUAUGAAAAAGAUGUUGCAAGAUUUAUAAUAAUCUAAAAUAAAUACAAAUAACAAAUAUCAAAUGAAAAAAA